AUGCCAAUAGAGGUGGAGGGUCUACUGGGAGGUGGUUUUAGGGUUAUUGGUGGAGGUGCUGAGGGAGAUGGUGGAGACGCUGAUGGGGCUGGUGGUGGUGCUGGUAGAGGUGCUGGUGGAGUUGGUGGUGGUGUUGGUAGAGUUGCUAGUGGGGUUGGUGGUGGUGAUGGUGGUGUUCCACCACUUGAUCCACAGACUAUGGGUUCCAUUGUUGUCUCCUCUUCCAGUAGCACUAGGGGCGCAAGGCCUUAUGGUCUCAAUGAUGUGAUGGCUUGCUUAGACACCACCACAAACCUAUUGAGGAGGAUGGACAACUGGCUUGAGAGUAUGGAUAGGAAUAACUGUCUCUUGGACAAUAGGAUGGCCUCCCUUGAGGCAUAG